CGUAUCCUAUCCUAUGGCGUAGUCCGGUCGACCGUGAGGGCGCCACUUGAGGAAAAGGCAAAUGCCUGUUGAUAAAACUGAUAAAUGUAGUAGAGCGAUGAGUUUGCUGUCCCUUGAACCCCAGGGUGGUUUCAGUAGACAAGUUAGGUAAUGUUCUGUCUGGCUGCGUAUUUGAUAUCAUUUUAAUGCUGACUUGUGAGGAAGACAGUUUGUUAUCAAAGUGUUCCUUUACAUUAGGCCUAAGUCUUUCGAGAUGAUGAAGCGACGGAUUACAAUGGCAAAACAAUUUGGCAUUUCGACGAUAUUGCUCCUGUUCUUUUGUCAAGGAUACGCUGUAACAGUUUUCGAGCGUUACUGGGAAAAUGUCCAGACGAAUAUUUAUGGGUCAUUACCAGAGCCUGAAUUGGGCAACUGCACGCAAACAGAUUAUCUUAAGUGCACACAAGUAAGAAGAAAAGAAUCCGUCACAACUGCAAGGAUUCGCACUCAUUAUUCGGAUUAUUUCAACGUUAGCGGAACUGAUUACGAACACGACGCUCAAAUAUCGGACUAUAUCCGUUACGUUGGCCGGCCGCUUAUCUAUUGCAUUGGGUUGAUUUGCAAUACACUUACCAUAUGUGUUUUUGCCCGAAAAGAACUCCGCCGUGUAGCGACCUGUCAGUUCUUGAUCGCUGUAGCGGUGGCGGACAUAUUGAUAUUGAUAAAUGGUAUUUUUUACUGGAUUGAAUACGAGCUCUUAACCCCUGUGAUGACGGCCAGUGAAGUGACAUGUAGAAUAACUGUAUUCACGGUGUAUUGCGGACCUCAAAUUAGCGGGAUUACUUUGAUUGUCAUGAGCAUCGAGAGACUUAUGAGAAUUAUUGACCCUUGUGCUCAUGAGAGGUGCUUUUCUAUUAAGAUGACUCGUUUGUAUAUCGUGGUAAUUGUCUUGGCCAUGGUGCUCUUGAAUAUCUGCAUAUUCUUCACCAACAUAUACUUCAAGGAAUGCAGUAAGUGGGUUUGUUGGAAUAUAUACCAUGAUAGCAGGGAUAUACUGGAACUCCACUAUGAAAGGUGCAGAAACUGUACUGACUGUGAUGACUGUGGCGUUCCAGGGUUGUUGGAGUUGUUGGACUUCUAUGAUGUGUACAAGUGGGUAGCUUUUGCGAUAUACUGGGCCUUACCAUGCCUUUUACUGCCUGUUAUCAACGGUUGGUUACUGUACCAAAUAUAUUUGGCAAGAAAACGAUCGCGAGGAACUGAAGAAGAGAUCAGUGUACCAAAUCACUUCCACGGAUCUAGUGAUGAUGGUGACUUAGAGGACGACGUGGAAAGGGAAAAAGCGGAAAAAGAAGUCACAAUAAUGUUGGUCCUGGUCACGGCAUCGUAUUGUAUUUUGACCACGGGAUUUAAUUUUAUACAGGUUGGAAUCAUUGACGUUUACGGCUCUGGCAGUGACCAAGAUCUAAUUAAGUUUUCUUACGUGUAUUCCGUUUUCAUUCUUCUUUUUUACUUGAAUCAUGCGUCUAAUUUUUUUCUGUACUGUAUUAGUGUUAGGCCAUACCGCGAUGAAUUGAAAUGUAUGUUGAUGUGUUUCUGUGAAUGCAUUGCAAGACCAUUGCUUAAAAUUAAAUGGGCUUGUAAGGGCAUCUGUAGGCGGAAUGAUGAAGAUGAGAACGAUACAGACGAAACCCCUCUUCAAAUGAGCGGCAGAAGCAGAAUUGCUUAUGGAUCGUGUGUUUAGGUUAAAUAGUGAUCGACUGUUGUAAAAGCUGAAUAAGUUGUAAAUAUGAAGAGAGGUGGUGGGAAUCGUUUCAUUUAAGCGGAUUUGAAUCACGUACGUAUUCGAAUCACACACGACCAAAGUAACACAUUGUCACAUGGACUUAAAACUAUGAAAAGCCUUCUCACAAAAAGCUGUAUGACUGGGUUCCCAUACCCUCUACCAGGGCGAGUGAUAGAUUUUUUACAGAUAUUCACAAUAUCUGUAAAAAUCUAUCACUCGCCCUGGUAGAGGGUAGGGUUCCCAUAACCCUAUCAUACUAUCAAGGUUGAUAUGACUCCGAGGGGAUUCUAGCUAAAUUGCAUUCAGUUUAAUUCACUUUAAGGAUAUCGUGUUUUAUGGCACAUUGAUAAUUGUUAGA